GUGUCUUUCUCACGGGAUUCUGCCUCUUCGUCCCAAAACGUCUUCAGGGCAGACGCAGUUCCGCGGUGUCAUGUCACACUCAUGGCUGCGGUACAUGUAUCAUGUUUUGACUAAAAAUACAACAGUAACAGAUCACAACCGCAACCUGCUGGUAGAGACUAUUCGUUCUAUAACAGAGAUCCUGAUAUGGGGGGAUCAGAAUGACAGCUCGGUAUUUGACUUUUUCUUGGAGAAGAAUAUGUUUGUUUUCUUCUUGAACAUCUUGCGCCAGAAAUCUGGUCGUUACGUGUGUGUACAGCUUCUACAGACUCUGAACAUCCUUUUUGAGAACAUAAGUCAUGAAACUUCAUUGUACUACCUGCUCUCUAAUAACUAUGUAAAUUCUAUCAUUGUGCACAAAUUUGACUUUUCUGAUGAGGAGAUCAUGGCAUAUUACAUAUCAUUUUUGAAAACUCUUUCCCUGAAGCUCAACAAUCAUACUGUACAUUUCUUUUAUAAUGAGCACACUAAUGACUUCGCUUUGUACACUGAAGCUAUUAAAUUUUUUAAUCACCCAGAAAGCAUGGUCAGGAUUGCUGUUAGGACUAUAACUUUAAAUGUCUACAAAGUGUCAUUGGACAACCAACCUAUGCUGCAUUACAUUAGAGAUAAAACUGCUGUCCCGUAUUUCUCCAACCUCGUUUGGUUUAUUGGAAGCCACGUGAUAGAACUGGAUAACUGUGUGCAGACUGAUGAAGAGCACAGAAAUAGAGGCAAACUGAGUGACCUGGUAGCAGAACAUCUUGAUCAUUUACAUUACCUUAAUGAUAUCCUUAUCAUUAAUUGUGAAUUUUUAAAUGAUGUGCUCACAGACCACCUUCUUAAUAGGCUCUUUCUUCCUCUCUAUGUGUAUUCAUUAGUAAAUCAAGAUCAGGGUGGAGAGCGUCCGAAAAUAAGUCUCCAAGUUUCUCUCUAUCUUCUUUCUCAAGUUUUUCUAAUUAUACAUUACGCCCCUUUGGUGAACUCGUUGGCUGAGGUUAUACUUAAUGGUGACCUCUCGGUGUUUUCUUCAAAAGUUGAGCAAGAUAUACAGAAAAACUCAGCAAAGUCCAGUAUCAGAUGUUUCAUAAAACCAACAGAAACACUUGAGAGGUCUCUUGAAAUCAACAAACAUAAGGGGAAGAAGAGGGUGCAGAAAAGACCCAACUAUAAAAAUGUUGGUGAAGAAGAUGAAGAGGAGAAAGGAUCUGAAGAUAACCAAGAUGAUGUAGAUAAAACUAAAGGUACAGAAGCGAGUUCAAAGGGCGUCAGAACAAGCAGUGAAAAUGAAGAAAUAGAGAUGGUAAUCAUGGAGAGGUGUAAACUGUCAGAAUUGUCUAUCUCUACUGUGACAGAACAGAAUACAACAGAUGAAGAAAAGAGUGCAGCUGCCUCUGGGAGUGAGAUUACAAACUGGAACAGGCCUUUUCUUGAUAUGGUCUAUAAUGCACUGGACUGUGCUGAAGAUGAUUAUUAUGCCCUCUUUGUGCUCUGUCUUCUAUAUGCAAUGUCACAUAACAAAGGAAUUGACCCAGUCAAGCUGGAGAGAAUUCAACUUCCAGCUCAACAUGCUGAAGAGAGAAAUUCUUAUAAUCAUGUACUUGCAGAAGGGCUUAUCAGGAUAAUGAAUUAUGCUGCACAACCAGAUGGAAAAAUCCGUUUGGCAACUUUAGAACUUGGCUGCCUGUUGCUGAAGCAGCUUGUGUUUUCUAAGAAUGGCAGCAUCAUAAAAGAUGUUCACCUGGCUUGCCUUGAGGGUGCAAGGGAAGAAAGUGUUCAUCUUCUUCGUCGUUUCUAUAAGGGAGAAGAAAUUUUCCUGGACAUGUUUGAAGACGAAUACCGGAGUAUGACAAUUAAACCUAUGAAUGUGGAGUACUUGAUGAUGGAUGCCUCAAUCUUGUUGCCUCCAACGGGGACACCACUGACUGGUAUUGAUUUUGUGAAAAGAUUGCCUUGUGGAGAUGUGGAAAGAACACGAAGAGCGAUCAGAGUUUUCUUUAUGCUCCGUUCACUAUCACUGCACUUGCGAGAUGAGCCAGAAACUCAGUUACCACUGACAAGGGAGGAAGGUCUGAUAAAGACAGAUGAUGUUCUUGACUUGAAUAAUAGUGAUCUCAUUGCUUGUACGGUCAUAACAAAGGAUGGGGGUCAAGUUCAAAGAUUCCUGGCUGUGGAUAUUUACCAGAUGAGUUUGGUUGAGCCAGAUGUUGCCAGACUUGGAUGGGGAGUAGUCAAGUUUGCUGGCCUUUUGCAGGAUAUGCAGGUGACGGGAGUAGAGGAUGACAGCAGAGCUCUGAACAUAAUAAUUCAUAAGCCUGCCUCAAGUCCUCAUUCUAAGCCCUUCCCUAUCCUUCAAGCUACAUUUAUUUUUUCUGAUCACAUUCGCUGCAUUAUUGCAAAACAACGUCUUGCAAAAGGCCGUAUCCAAGCUCGUCGUAUGAAAAUGCAGAGAAUAGCAGCACUCCUGGAUCUUCCUGUUCAGCCUACAACUGAAGUUGUUAUGGGUUUUGGACACAGCUCUUCAGCUACAGCCCAACACCUUCCAUUUAGAUUUUAUGAUCAGUCACGACGUGGUAGCAGUGAUCCUACAGUACAACGCUCUGUUUUUGCAUCUGUUGACAAAGUUCCAGGCUUUGCUGUAGCCCAGUGUAUAAAUCAGCACAAUCCAUCACCAGUCUCAUCACCAUCACCUUCCAGUGGCAGUGGGAGUACAGGGCGCUGUGAUUCAGUGACUGCAAGCUCUACAUCCACUCCUUCUGCUGCACAGAGCCCAUCAGGUCUGGCAGGAAAGGACGUCGGCGGGUGUUUAGUCUGUCGGAGGCUGACAGUCACGGUGGACACUGGGUUUAGGUCUUCGAGCAGCAGCUGCAACAGAAACUCGCGCAAUAUCAAUUCAGAUGACACUUCAGCUCCAGAGCAGCCUCAGAUGACCAUUUCUGGUCAGAUGAUGUUGACUGAUGAAACUCUUUCAGCUGUUUCCAAGUCUAGCAAGAAUGCUCUAAAAAACAGUGACAUAGAAACAGCAAACCUGUCUCCUAGCCUGAUUCCUGCACAGCAGCCCACAAUAUCAUUAUUAACAGAUGACAAUACGGAUGCACUAAGCGUGGAGUCACUUACACUGGUGCCACCAGUUGAUCCCCACAGCAUUCGAACAUUCAGCUGCAUUCCUCAGUCCUCUUUGCCAUCUGAAGUUUGCAAGGUAAAAGAGGUAGAGGAAGAACGUUGUGACUAAAGCCAACCUGAAGACUGUGAUAAACCAUGAAGCAAAUACAACAAAAUUCUUCGUUGUUUUUCCUUCGGGAAUGCAGAUACUUCCUGAAGCCGGAGAGGCCAUCUGGUCCACAAGAAGAGGCCCACUAAUGAAAGAGAAUGUGGGCAGCUUUUAGAGUAAACAUCAGAUGCUCAGCAUAUUGAAACUGGAGAAGAAAAAAAAAAAAAAAAAACUUUUGAAUCUGGACUGGUGUUUUCCUACCAAUUUCUGUUAUACAAGAACACAAAAGUAUUUCAGAGCACCUACUUUCUAUUAUAGAGUUCCAGCUGCAGGAACUAAAUUAAUUGUAAAAGGUCUACAGUAUUAUAGCAAAGUGAAGAGAUUUUUGGAUACCUGGCUUCAGGAUAUUGUGUCAUUACUUCUCUGAAACUGGAGACUAUUAACUAGAAAAAAAUACAUAUUGUAGUACAGAGAUAACAUUUCCAUUUGAGACACAGUGUGGUUUUCAGUUUGGGUUUGGUGUUUGGUUUGGUUUUUGGUGGUUUGUGUUUUUGGGUUUGUUUUUCUUUUUUUAAGUCCUGAUGUCAUUCAUCUUUUGGAGGUCUGCGUGAUAACAGCAGGCUUGCACACUUUCAGUGUUGUCUUCAUAGAACUCCAGACUUAACUUAAAUAUUGUGUUUUCCAUGUGUAAUAUUUAUUUCAAGGUUUGAUUCAAAGCAAAAUACAUAUCAAACAAUUUUUUAAAAGCUAAAAGCCUGAAAUUUAAUAACAAAUGCUUAUUGAAAUUAACAUAAGGGAUUUUUGAGACUAGUCUUUGCUUGACCAGCUACAGAGGAAUGUGAAAUAUUUUAAGAGAUUGCUAUAGCUUGUUUGUUUCUGUCAGUCAAAUUGCUACAUCUCUGAGGAAUGAUGAUAUCCUUUCUACUGAAGGACAACUUCUUGAAGCAGACAGAAGCAGUUUUACUUUCAAGAGGUUUUUUAAAUUUUUCAUGUAGGAGGAAGAUCACCCCAUCUAACUGAUAAUUCCUUUGCAAGUCUGAAACUCAAAAGGAAAGGUAUUGUGUAGUGUUUUUUCUAUCAGGGAUAAUGUCACAGUUAAACAGCAUUGCUACAUAAAAGUAAUUCUGAGUUUAUGCUUGCCUUACUUUGCUUCCUAGAUCCUGAUACCAAGUUGACAGAAAGUAGUGGAAAAGUGUUGAUUAAAGUUUGGAAUGUUCUUUGGUGAUUUGAUAUGUAAUUUAACAGGAAUGGAAUUUAAGAUUUCUCAUCAAUUUCCAUGUGUGUUAAUUUAAAUUAAUAAUAAAAUGAGCAGAUUGUCACUAUUAGCCUGCUCAUAACAUUGAGUGCUUUCUGGCUCUCAAAGGUUGAAGACUGCUAUUUACUUUACUUGGUAUUGUGAUUUUAGUCAUCAGUGCAAUCUGUUUCCUUGUUCUGUCUCUACUAAUGUUGAUUUCAUAUCAAGUAGGUGAAUCUGAGUUUUUACCUACAACCCAGUCUCUUAUUGUACCUCUUCCUGGUUGUCAGAUGGAAGACCCAAAGUGAUUUUAAAUGUUAUCAUUAUAUAUGAGAUUGACUAAUCCACAAGUAUAAUUUUGCUCACUCUUUCCAUCUUUUCCGUCAUGUAAUAACUUUGUAAAACAUGUAUACAAGGUAUCUGCUAUUGAACACCAGCAAUUUUUUUUUCUUCCCUUAUUCACUUUUGCAUGGUUUUGUUGAUUUCUGGUUUCUGUGACUUCUACAUUCUGAGAUUAGAUGUCCUCAGCACUGUUGAGGAUAUGGGAUGAGAAUUUGGCAUUGCUGAAGAGCCUACCUAAAAACUGAUGCCUUACUUAAUUAGAAAGCAUUUUAUGUUAACUGUUAACCUUAACUCUUGACCUAGAUUACACAAAAUGUCACUGUGCAGGCUGAGUUCCCAUAAACAGAAUUCAUUUUAGACAGGAAAACCUUGAUCUUUAUUAUCUAAUUUCAAAUUCAGUUCUAGCAAGAUUAGGACCAUGCACAAGGAGUCUUUUUGAUGGGUAUGCAUAAUCUCACCCUUGAGCCAUACUGCACAAAAAAUAGGACAAAGGAAAAAAAGCUAACUCUGUUUUUCAUUGCCUUUGAGUGGCUUUUAAAUCUCAUGACCAGUUGCCUGCUAAGAGCUUCACAGGAAAUAACUGAGAUAGAUACUAUUAUUAGGAAAAUAGAAGGCUAGGUCUGCUGUCUAGUCCACUGCUGGCAGAGCCUUGAUGGUCAAGUGGUGUUAAGGUGGGAUAUUUUUUAGCAGUUCUAUCGAAAGCUCUCUGCAAAGAUGGAAUUAUACUAGGAAAGCUCUGACUGCACCAGCUUUACCAAUGUUGUGCUGUUAUAUAAAUGCUACAACUGGUACAGAUCAACCCAAAUCUCUGAACGGUUAUGCCACAGAAGCAGUUGAUUUUUGCCUUGUUUGCUUCUAAUAUUAAGGUAUGUGUGCAUACAAUUUGACUGUGCUUCAUGCGGCGUUAGGAGACUUCAGAACGUAAAAGCUCUGGAGAUGCUGAACUAAUCUGUCAUCAGCAAACUUAUCUCCGCAAGUAUGGUGUUACGCAUCUACAAUUCCUUGAAGAGUAUCACAUCUAUCUCUCCCUUAUCAGAAAAACUCAAGGGCUUGUUUCCUUAUCCCCCUUUCACUGUAAAAAGGAAACUCAACCAAGCACAUCAGCCACAAAUGUAAUUUUUUUCUAAACAAAAGUUUAUAUGAGUCAGCAUAACAGUGCUCUUUUUAAUGAAUUUCAAAUACUAAGUUGCAAAUGAGAGCAGCAGCUGACCAUUCAAAGGGCUCACUAUUUCAGUGUAAUACUCCAGAGGGAGGUAGAAUCACUCUGAAAUAAAUAUAGCAGUGUUCCAGAGCAAAAUGUCAAAAUUUUAGUGAGAUGCUAAAUUCUCAGUGUUUGUUUGUAGAGGCAUGGCCUGUUUUCAACCAUACUUUGUUAACAUAAGUAGGUAAAUUUUUUUCUCAUCCUUUUGAAAAGUGAAGCCAAAGAAGACAAGGCAUACUGAAUGUUACUUUGCUAUUUUAUAGUCUGUGUCUCAUUUUACCAAGAGGAUAUUUGCUUAACAAAAGAAUUGUGUUGCCUUCACUUGUUAGGUCUCCCUGCCUCUUGCUAGUUCCCUUUUGUUUUUGUCAUCCAGUGUACAACAGUGAACAAGACUCAAGCUUUCCAUUUGUGCAGAGAGCAAUGGCAGCAUACACUUGGUAAUUUGGUAAAGAGGGGGAGGGAGAAAACAUUAAUGCCCAAUUCUAAUGUCUGCUUCACCAUGGAAGCAAUGCUUGCAGUGUAAAACUUGUGUACAAAAAUCAAUUGUUUUGCAGAACUUCUUUGAUAUAGAAAGAAACCAAAGGUUAAGCUUCCUGCACUUUAUUUUACAAACUGUGCAGAUUAAACCAAAUUCAUUAGAAAUGUGGUCACGUAUAUUAAUACUAAAAGCUGUAUUUUGUAUGUGAAUUCAUGAAUCAUAUACAAUAUAAGGACUGAAUUAAUUUGUAUUCUCUACUGCUAAUUCAUGAUAAACUAAAAUUCUGACUUCUCUUCCUUAAAUUAAGCUGAGCUUCAAAACAAAAGAUACAAAAUUAUACCUGGUAAAGCAGCUCCUCAACGUUCUUUGCUUAACAAUACAGUUGGAAUUUUCCUUGAAAUCACUUGGUGAGGGAAAAAUUGGGAGUAUCUUCCAGAAUUCAUUUAUUCUUUUGCAGUUUCUAUAUGACAGGUAUGUGAGAUUUGAAAACUGUUCGUCCAUACUGAGAAUUUAAGAUGUAAAUCUAGUUCAGUAUUCAGAGUUGUAAGUCAAUGUCCAGUGAUUCAUAUGAACCCUUUGCCCAAUAGAGACAGAAUACAGGGGACAAUAAUGUUGCUUUGUGGAUCUGAAGUAUUCUUGUAUGUAGAAUUUUAAAACUGAUAGUUAAAAUAGUUUGUUUAUAGCAAAAUCAGCAGUCUUUAGGAUUGAAAUUGUGAUUAUUUUUUUUUUCCCCUAAUUAAGCAGCAAGACACAGGUGACUAAUUUCCACAUUUACUACGAGUGUCCUGAGAUGGUUAUUUUAAGCAAUCUAGGAAUUCAAUAAUUGCCUGGCAAUUGAUUGUCAUUUUACUUGUAGUAAAUUAAAGUUAAAACUACUCUUGAAGACAUAGGUAAGCUAUCAGACAAGCAAGUCAAACUGUAUAUAUAAAUAUGAAGCCACUUCACACAAAAGUAAACACUUUAAUCACAUAGUGCUGUCAGUGCUCUGGUGUAAUCAGUCACUCUUUUUGCUGCACGUUAUAGGUAAGUAACUGCAGAAUAGCCUAAUGAAUAGUUUCACUAACCUGCAUGUAGUAUUCUUGAGGAAAAAAAAAAAAAGAAAAAAAACCACACAUCACCGUGCUAAACAUUCCGAUGUUGUCUUCACUAACCAGCUAAAGUUAAAUAAGGAGUUCCUUCUAAAAGAACAUUGCACAGGCAGCAGUCAUCUAGGGAGCUAAGUGUGUUAGCCCUACAUUGAAUCAAAGAUUUGUGAAGAGACAUCAGAUGGGGGCAUCAGUGAGAUGUAGGUAUUUUGCCUCAAAGAUAAUGAGUCUCCUUGAUGAGUCUCCUACUUAUUUUCAGGCAACCUAAUGUUGUAAAUACAUAUAAACAUAUAUUUAGGCACCUAAAUAUAUGUUAAAUUCUCUUCCUAACUCUUACUGUCAUUCUUCUUGAAAGAGUUUUUGGUAUGUCACUGUUUAACCAUCACUGGCCUACCUUAGGAUAUCACUAAACUGGGCAUUGCACUUCUGUUAUCUAGAAGUCUUUGGAGUGGUUCUCCUGUGCUUGCCUGCUCUGUUGCUCUGACCUUUCCCAACAUUUUGCAGCAUGAAUUUGAAACAAAUAUAAUAACUCUUACUGUCUCCUAUUGGUUUCUGGAAAGCAGAUUGUGAUCCAAGCAGGGCUUGCUAGGGUGAGAUGUUUUUAGGGGAUGGGAGGGGGGAAGUGCUUGGGGUAUUUUCCUACUGCUCAGGAUUUUUUGAGCAGCAACAAAGACAUGGGAGAUACUGUUCUAGACUGAGUCUCAAAUAGAAGGUUCUUUCUUA